UGUGAAAGGGCGUCUGUGCUCUUUUGUCCGUUGUGUUUCAGAGGAUUCUUGACAUUCUUAGUGGAGUUUAAAGCAACCUUCUGUCCAGUAACCUGAACCAACUUUGUGUGCUUAAUACCUGACCAGGGUUGACUCUUCCUAGAUGUACAGAGUUUCACUCUCUGAGACAAACCAAGGAUAGACCAAGGAUAGGUCCUCAUGUGAUCAGCUAAACCAUAGCAGUUCACAAGACCACAGGGCACUACAAUUUGAUGCUAUAACUUGCACCAUGUUCAGCUGCACAGUUGUUAUCUGGGUAUCUACAGUAUAAAGGUACAGGCAUCCAAGUCAAUUAAAAAAACUCUGAACUCAGUAUCCUCUACUGAUACCGACACACCAUGAUAGAGGCUGCACUGCUCUUUGGAUCUGGGAGAGUUCUGCAAUAAUGCCAGAGGACUUGAAGAUGUCUGUGUGCAGUGACUUUACGGAACACGUGUGGAAGCCUGGCUUUUGCAAAACCUGCUUCUAUCCCAGAAGUUCCCACAGGGUACAGAGACCCUUUGAGGUUGCUGCUAACAACAGUGUGCCUUCACAGAGUGUCAAGGAGGUUUGGAACAAGACUUAUACAGUCCAGACUGAAGACGACUAUGCAAUUACUUCAGCCUCCUAUUCAAAGCCCACCAUUGCGGUCAAGCCAACUAUGAUGAACUCUGAUGUGUCCGACAUGUGGACAGAUGGGAAUGUCAACGCUACUGAUGUACAACAGUCUCAUUUGUUACAGCACAACCAGAAGAGUCCAACAGAGAAACAAAGCAUGAUGCAGGUGCUGGAUCUCUCAAAGCUGUACAUCAACAACAACAACACCAACAAAAGCCUUAAAGAUGUGAUAUACCAGAAAGCAACAGGCGACGCACUGGGAUAUCCCAAAGGCUACUCCCCUGGGGCUUUGCCGCCAUUGGACCAUAAAGGAGAAGCCCUUGGGCACCCUUUAAUCAUCAGCAACAUCUUUAUGAGUCAGGAAGAAGGAAGGGGGCCGCAGACUUUUAAGGAAAAUGGCACCACCCCUUGCAAAGGUUUUAGACAGGAGCUCACCAGAUCCGUAAACAGCACUUAUUUCAAUGGUGACUUAAGGGGCAAUAGCUCUGUUGAGACACCGGACGUCAGAACACUUUCCUCUGGGAGCUGUGAUAGCCACAGGGAAACCAGUUCCUGUUGCUCGACGGGGCACAGUUGGGAUCAGCCAGGUUUGCAGAACUCCUUAGAGAGUCAUGGGUGUUCAGACAGGAGGGGUUUGUCCUUGGUGUCUGAAGCUGCCAGCUUGUCGGACUCAUGCUCCUGCCAGAGCAGCAGUGACUGCCUAAACUGCUCUCAAGAGCUGGAGUACCUUAGUCACCAGAGAUGUGAGACUGCCAAACCCUGCAAGACUUACACAAAGGAGAUCGGCAGACCUCAGAAAUUGGGCCCCUUUCUUAAUCAGCCUUUAGAACAGUUGUCGGUGCAGGUGCCACGCGAACCCAUUUAUGCUGAGAGCACCAAAAAAAAGAAGAGGACCACAAAUGAGAUCCCUAGAAGCCCUGACCAGGACCAGAUACCAAACCUGUUCCAUAAAAAGCCAGAUGGCUUUGAUAAUGCAGUGAACCUCAUAGACUGUUCAUCUGGUGACUCCAGCCAGCGAGCUAAAAUAACAGUUAUGGCUGCCCACACAGAGGAGGACAAUAGAACUUUCUAUCUAAGCAGCCCAGAUUCGGCUGUGAGUACACAAUGGCAGCACGUUAGCCCAAACUCAACCCAGGAGCCUUCUUUCCCGUGGCCUCAGAGUAACUCUCAAUCCUCUGAAGCCGGGCUAACCGACAAGAGUGGCGCUCUCCUACAUCCUAGAACAAACACUCAACCCAGCCCAGCUAUCCCUCCAAAACAGUCCAGAGGCUCAUGCUCCCCGAAGUUGGGAUUACCCACCCUCUCUGAGGGAGGGAAAGAGGAAAAUGAACCAUCGUUUCAAGCUGAGGUACACAGGAGUUCUUUCCCUUUCCAGUCCCAGAACAGAAAUUCUGGGGACAUGCCUGUGUCAGCUGCUGAAAAAAGGCACAAGUACUACAACACAUGUUGGAGCCGGGAGUGUAAAAUAGUAGAGGAGGAGGAGGGUGGCGAGGAGACAGCGCACCAGCAGUCGAGGGCGGCCGAUAUAGUUAAUGGUGCUGUUGUGUCAGGACUGGACUCGAAGCUGGAGAACGCUGCUGCUGUUUCUUUUAGCAAGGAAUAUAAUAACCCAGGGACGGCUUACAAUAGUGCCAGUCAUCACCAUGCAGGGAGAGCAUCCGAACAGGACAAAUAUAACACAAACAUGCUAUCCAAGGCAGCAUCUUUCACUUCAGAGUUUGCAGAAGAGACAAGCGAGACUAAUGACCUGGCACCUCCUCCCCCACCUCCAAAGAAACACCACAGGGAGUCUAGUAAAUGGAGCCAGAGCAGCUCUGAUUUGGAGAAAGCCAGCCAUGGGUCUGCUGAGAGUCUGACACAAUCCUUAAAGGGACUGAACACAAGCUUUGCGACUGCCUCUACUGACAGCCUGCACUCUGAAUCUAGAAUGUUCCACAAUGGGAGUCAUGAAAGUGCUCUUUCGCCAAGUCCGUCCCAUUUUAGCAAGAAUAGGCUCACCUCCUCCCCUGUUUCCCCACAGUCUGACAACUCCACAAUCAGCUAUGGCAACUCCCUCCUGCCUCCCCCUCUCCCACAAAAGAAGAUGGUGAACAGGGCCGUGUCAGCUCCAGAUCAGUCGGGAGGCAGGAGUGCCACUCAUCCCAGGAGCAGCCCCCAUCUGAUCUUCAGUAACUCAGAAGGCAAUGUCUAUGGGCAAGACAGGUCACAGUUCAGCUCCCCCUCUAGCCCUGUGGAUCAGCGGCACUUGUAUUCUUCUAACGAGUCCCUUGAGAGGUGCCACCCCCCGCUUGGCCAACAGCUGCGCUCUCGGACUAUGGAAGAGGUGGCUGGCAGAAACAAGAGCAGGCUGGGUCUGAGGAACAAGAGUGGGGCAUCUUUCUCCUCCUCCCCCCAGCUCAGCGUGCCCAGCUCCGGCUCCAACAUCCAGCUCCACACCCUCCUGAGCAACAUAGACAAUAGGGAAGGUGUCUAUGCUAAGCUGAGCAGCUUGUACACAGAGUCCCUGCGGCGUCUGGCUCUGAAGUGUGAGGACCAUUUCACCCGCGACCAGAAGAACCCCCUUCGCUUCGACGAGAGCAACUGGUCACUCUUUAAACUGACUUGUAAUAAGCCCUGCUGUGAUGCUGGCGAUUCUGUCUAUUACUCAGCCUCUUGCGCCAAAGACACAAAGAACACCUAUGCAGUCAAGAUUUGUAAAAACCAGAACCCAGACUCUAAGCAAGGUCAUUUAUAUGGCCUGGCAGUGCAACAGGACCUGCCUCCCCAUUUCAAUCUGCAGCAGGACUGCGGCCACUUCAUCGCCUGUGUCCCCCAGAGCAUGCUACCCCCUGACGAGGCUGCUGGAACAGCCUCCUCCUCACAGCAUGGUGCAGCAGCUUCCACAGGCAGAGAUACAGCCCUCCCCAACCACAACGAACAGGAGCGAGUGGUGGUGAUCACGAGGGAUGUGGCCUACCAGAGCACAGCAGACUUCGUGAAGGAGUGGGCCACCUUCCACGGGGUGCAGCCGGAAGUGUACGAACGGCGAGUGUGCUUCCUACUGCUGCAGCUCUGCAACGGCUUGGAGCACUUGAAAGAGCAUGGCGUGAUCCACCGGGACCUCUGCCUGGAAAACCUGCUGCUUGUCCACAACAGCAAGCACUCGCCUUCUGACAUCAAAGACCAGAGGCACCUGCCCAGGCUUGUGAUCAGCAGCUUUGCCAAAGCUAAGCAGAGGGCAGGCACCGGCGUCGCCUCAGACCCCAAGCUCAAGAAGGACCAGGCACGGCUGGCCCCGGAAAUUGUCUCUGCUUCACAGUACAAGAAGUUUGACGAAUUCCAGACAGGCAUCUUGAUCUACGAACUCCUCCACCAGCCCAACCCUUUCGAGGUCAGCCCCAAGCUCAAGGAGCAGGAGUACUACUGUGAGGAGCUUCCCAAAAUCCCUGACGUUUCCAUCUACUCUGCAGGACUUCAGCAGCUUGCCUGCCUUCUACUUGAGCCCGACCCCAUCAAGCGCAUCCACAUUCAGGAAGCCAAGCGCAUCCUGCAGUCCCUGCUGUGGGGUCCUCGCAAGGACCUGAUAGAGCAGCAGUGGGAUCAUCAGCAGGGGGGUCCUGUUGAAGGGCUGCACAACUGGCUGAACCUCAAGAGGGCGCUGCUCAUGAUGAAGUUCGCCGAGAGGUCCCUUGAGCCCGAACAGAGCACGGAGCUUGAGGACUGGCUUUGCUGCCAGUACUUUGCCUCCGCCAACCCAAUUUCUCUAUGUCACACUGCGGAACUGCUACAUUUCUGUGAAUAGUAACUAAAUGGCUUAAUAUUAAUAAACACCUUUGUUCUUAUGUGCCAUUAGUUCCUUUAACUAAAUUCCUUUAUUAUUUCUGUAUGUUCAGUCUGUGAUUCAGUAGUUGUUGGAACUCUGAACUCCAAGCUAGGAGAUAUUGGUUUUGAAACAAAGAUCUGUCUAAGCUGCCUAAUUUGCAACCUUGUACCUAAACUGAACUUGGUAUAAUUUGGGUUCGACUGAAAGCAAGAUCAAUCUCAUUUCCCGAGUAAACAGACUGAAGGCUGGUUUCAGUUCCAUGUUUGAAAUUAAACAGUAUAGAAAAUGUAAAUAAGCUGUUGAACAAAAUAUAGAUUAAAAGGGUUUAAACUCUUCUGGAUUUUAAUUUGGAUUUUAAUAAAGUACAUAUGCAUAUUUUAUCCAUUGUGUUUUUCAUUGAGCACUGGAAUAUUGAAACAACUGCUGUCAUUAGAUUUUAUGUUUACAAGGAAUUUGUGUCAUCAAUUAUGUUAUGUUUUUUUUUGUUCCACGGAUGCCUAAUUUCCAGUAAAACUGGAAGGGAAGACUACUUAAACAUUUCACAAAUAUGGAGCUGUUAAACAGUGUUUAAUUUGUAAAUAAAGAGGUGCUGGGGCGCAAGCAAUGACAAUAAUACCGUUCUUAAGAACCACACAUUCAAAAUCAUGCACAUUCAUGUUACAUGCUUACAACCAUUUAUAUAUAAAGUACAUCAUUCAUAUAUAAAGUAGUAGUACAUGCAGAAAAAUUAAUUCAAGGCAACCACGGGACAAUAAAUAAAUAAAUAAAUAAAUAGAGCCUGCAUACAUAGUAGGGUUACCACCUUUGAAAUGCAAAAAAUUUGCCACCAACAACCCAACUGCACCGCUCCCUCACAGAGAAUUACAGGACUACAUGUCUGCUAUGUAUGUUAAUAAACAAUAUUUAAUUAUUAUACCAAUUAUAUAUAACAGCGACUUAUAUAUAAUUGGUAUAAUAAUUAGGUAGAUCCAGAAGAUAAAUAGAUACCGGUAGAUAAGAUUUGACAUUUUUCUUACCUUGGUGUUUCCGAACGUUGUAGCCUACAGAUAAUCCCUUGAGUCUAUUUUUUUAAUUUGUACUUGCUGUUUGAUUUUGCCGCUUCCAACUAUUUAUUGGUGACAUCGUAGAAUUCCACAGGAAUAGCUGAGGUUGCAUCUAAUGCAAAUUAAGAAAACGAAUUUGAGAGCAAAAAUUUGUAUGACAUUUUUAACUUUCAUAACUGCAGUGGUUCCAGGUCUGCGCCCCGGCAAGCCCCGGCACAAAUUGAGCACUGCUAUCCAAAGGCUGAAAAUAUUGUCUUGCAUGUCCUCUUUUUUGUCUAAAACUAUUUGUUAUUAUUUAAAAAUUUUUGUAAAUCAUGCUUUGACUUAAUCCAUAUUCAAUAUUAAUUUAAUGUGUGCAAGUGUCAUAUUCAACUGCCAAUAAAAUGUAAAUACAU